AUGGCCCCUCGCCAGCCACGCAAAAGCCAAUCGACCAUCGAAAGUGAAUCCGAGGAAGAUUCGCAACCAGUCUCGACCGAACAAAACACGGUGGACAUGUUGAAGACUGCAAAAAGCAUGGUAGAUGAUGGCAAAAAGCGCCGAGACAAGAAGCGGAAAGCAAUUGAGAACAGCUACGACAAUAGAGUCAAGGAAGUUGAGACCAGAAUCGAUACCCUGUUUGCGGUUCGAAAGAGUAGAGUCACUAAGAAUCAAAAGGAAUUGUGGACCAGGCUCGAGAAAUUGAACACUAAGCGGGAGAAACUUGAACAACUCAUCCUUGCCAGCAUGCUCUCGAUCGAGGAGCACACCAUUACCAUCGCCGUUCAGAUGGAGGCUGUAUUUGCUGGUCGCAUGGAGGAUAUCGAGUAA